AUGGAUCCCACAAUCUGGAACACGUUGCCGGAGGAGCUCCUCGACCACAUCCUCACCUUCAUCUCUCUCGAAACGCUCUUAAAUCUCCGAUCCACCUGCAAACGUUUCGAUUCCCUCUUCCUCUCUCCUUCUUUCAUCUCCAAGUACAACUCCUCGCCUAACAACAACAAUCCCUCCCAACAUUUCCCCUCUUUCCUCCUCCUCGCCCACCCUCACUUCGGCCCCAAUCGCUUCGCCGUCUACGACUCCCUCCACGGCCGCCGGUGGCGCAACUUCCAUUUACCCAUCUCGACCUUCCUCCCCCGAUCCACCAUAACCGCCGGUGGCGCCUCCUCCACUCUCCUCGCCUCCUCCAAAGGCAUCCUCUGCUUCUCCCGCCCUUCAUCCCCUUCUUCAUUCCUCGUCUGCAAUUUGCUGACCAGAUCCAAUCGGGUUGUCAAAUUCCCAAACUACCCCUUCCCAACCGAAUCCCUAACUCUAAUCCCCACCCGCUCUUCCGGAUACAAAAUCUUCGCCAUCUGCCGCGGAAGCGGAAUCUCCUCCAGAUCCAGCUUCGUGUACGACUCUGCCCUCCAUUGUUGGCACCAAGGUGAAGCGAUCGCCUCGAAUCUUAGAUCCAAUAACCGGCGAGAAGAAGGAGUUAUUCAUGGAAGCUCCCUCUACUUUUCCACCGUCGACCCGUACUCGAUUGUCCGGUACGAUUUGGAGCAGAGGAAAUGGGACGACGGAGCACAGAGCAUCGACGGUACCGGUCGAUUGUCGUUUAUGCGAUUGGUGGGCGAUGGCGAGCUGAAGAUGUAUUUGAUCGCCGGGGUUGCGGCGGCGCAGUCGAUAUUGACUGGGUUGAAGAUAUGGGAGCUGAAUGACGGGAGGAAUUGGGUGGAAUUGGGGGAUUUGCCGAGAGAAAUGUGCCGGAAAUUUGCGGCGGUUUGUUAUCAUAAUUACGAGCGUGUGAAUUGCCUGUGGCACGAAGGGAUGAUUUUCGUGUGUUGCUAUACUUGGCCGGAGAUAUUGUGGUAUGACGUCUUGGCCGGAGAGUGGGGAUGGUUGCCCAAGUGCCCUUUGCUUCCUCAGAAGAAGGGGAAUUCUUGUGGGUUCACUUGGUUUUCUGUUGUGCCACAAUUGUAUACAUUGGUUUAA